AUGGACCUGUUUUCUCCUUCCCGGAGCGCCCAGCUCCUCCUCCGGGUCGGCUGGCUGACCCUGUUGCAUCACCCUCGGAGAAGGUUCACUAAGAAUCUUUCCCCAGACAAAAUCAAUUUGAGCACCCUGAAAGGGGAGGGUCAGCUGACCAAUCUGGAGCUGGAUGAAGAGGUUCUACAGAAUGUGCUGGAGCUGCCUACCUGGUUAGCCAUCACUCGGGUCUACUGCAACAAGGCCUCCAUUCGGAUCCAGUGGACAAAGUUGAAGACGCACCCAAUUUGCUUGUGUCUGGAUAAGGUGGAGGUGGAGAUGAAGACAUGUGAGGAGCCGCGGCCUCCCAAUGGACAGUCUCCCAUUGCCCUUGCUUCAGGACAGAGUGAGUAUGGCUUUGCUGAGAAGGUGGUGGAGGGGAUGUUCAUCGUCGUCAAUUCCAUCACCAUCAAGAUUCACGCCAAGGCCUUCCACGCUUCUUUUGAAUUGUGGCAGCUCCAGGGCUAUAGUGUGAACCCCAAUUGGCAGCAGAGUGACCUGCGUCUCACCCGCAUCACCGACCCCCGCCGAGGAGAGGUUUUAACAUUUAAGGAAAUAACUUGGCAAACCCUUCGGAUUGAGGCAGAUGCUACAGACAAUGGUGAUCAGGACCUGGUCACCACCCCACUGAGGCUUAUUACCAACCAAGGCAGGAUCCAAAUAGCCCUCAAGAGAAGAACCAAAGAUUGCAAUGUGGUAGCCUCCAAGCUGAUGUUCCUGUUGGAUGACCUGCUCUGGGUGCUGACUGACUCGCAGCUCAAGGCUAUGAUGAAGUAUGCAGAGUCACUGAGUGAGGCCAUGGAGAAGUCAGCCCAGCAGAGAAAGAGCCUGGCCCCUGAACCUGUACAGAUCACCCCACCUGCUCCCAGUGCCCAGCAUUCCUGGGCCCAGGCAUUUGGUGGCAGCCAGGGCAGCAGCAGCAACAGCAGCAGCCGGCUCAGCCAGUACUUUGAGAACUUUGAUGUGAAAGAGUCCUCCUACCACCUGCUCAUCUCCCGCCUGGACCUGCACAUUUGUGAUGAUAGCCAGUCCCGAGAGCCAGGUGUCUCUGCAAACAGACUCAUGGAUGGUGCCAUGCAGCUUACCUUCCGCAAGAUGGCAUUUGACUACUACCCCUUCCACUGGGCAGGCGACAGCUGCAAACACUGGGUACGGCACUGUGAGGCCAUGGAGACCCGAGGCCAGUGGGCCCAGAAAUUGGUGAUGGAAUUUCAGAGUAAAAUGGAGAAGUGGCAUGAGGAGAUGGGUCUGAAACCUCCCUGGCACCUGGGGGUAGACUCUCCCCUCCAGAAGAAAGCAGAUUCUCUCUCCAGUACUCGAAAGAACUCCCUUGAGAGAAACCCCUCUCAGGGAAGAAAGGCUGCCGUUCGGCCUCCAGCAUGGAAUCGCUUACGCUCUAGCUGCCUGGUAAUACGGGUGGAUGACUUGGACAUCCACCAGGUUUCUACAGCUAAACAGCCCAGUAAGAAGCCAUCUACACUCCUUUCCUGCAGUCGGAAACUUUACAACCUACCCGCUCAGGUCUCCGCCAUUCACAUUGAGUUCACAGAGUAUUAUUUCCCAGAUAAUCAGGAGCUUCCAGUUCCCUGUCCCAAUCUCUACAUUGAAUUAAAUGGUCUGACAUUUACUGUGGAUCCUGUCAGCUUGCUCUGGGGAAACCUCUUCUGCCUGGAUUUAUACCGCAGCUUGGAGCAGUUCAAAGCUAUCUACAAACUGGAAGAUUCCAGCCAGAAAGAUGAGCACUUGGACAUCCGACUGGAUGCCUUCCGGUUGAAGGUAAGCUUCCCGCUGGAGAAGAGAGAGCAGGCUGGGCUGCAUCGGCCCCAGGCCCUAGUCUUCUCUGCAUCGUCCAUGACUGCCACCAAUACGCGUCAUACCCCACACUACAACUGUCCGGACCUCCACAGUCUCUUCCAGGGUUUUGCUGCUGCUGAGUUCUUUCAUUCCAAUUAUGUUCAGUUCCCCAAGGUUCCAGGUGGCUUCAGUCUCCUGCAUAUGCUUUUUGUGCAUCAUGCCUUCCAGAUGGAUUCCAGCCUCCCUCAUGCUAGCACCCUCCCUCCCCAGAGGCCUACGGCUUCCCAGGAUCUCUGGUCCAUCCACUUCCCCCAGAUCUCCUUGGACUUUGAGGGAACAGAGAACUUCAAAGGCCGUACCUUGAAUUUUGUGGCCCCCUUCCCCUUGUCCCUUUGGGCCUGCCUACCCCUGCGCUGGCAGCAGGCCCAGGCACAGAAGCUCCUUUUGGCCGCAGAAGGGAGGCUGAAACCAUCAGCCAGCUUUGGCAGUACUGUUCAGUCUGGGGCCCUAGCCCCUGACACUGUGUCCCAUCUGAGGUCAAAGACUGAACAUGAUUUGAAAAGCCUGUCAGGCUUUACUGAAGUCAUGGAGACUCUGAGAGAAGGCGGCGGUGGUGGUGUGGAUAUCAAAGAGCCUCUGACCGAGCUGCAGGACACGGCAGAGGUUCACAUGCUUGUACACUCCCCUGAUCAUGUCCGAGUGAGGCUCGACCACUACCAGUACUUGGCUCUGCUCCGCCUGCAGGAGGUGCUCCAGGGUCUUCAGGAGCAGCUGAUGAAGGAUACAGAGGCCAUGACUGGGUCUGCCAUGCAGGACCCGACAGCCUGCAUUGGGGUCCUCUUCCCCAGCGCUGAGGUGGCUCUGCUCAUGCAUCCUGCGCCUGGUGCUGCCGAAGCUGAUUCUGUGGGUUUAGAUACCACCAGCCUCAUAGAUUCGGAGCUGUCUCCUUCCGAGGAUCGGGAGCUGAAGUCUGAUGCCUCCUCAGACCAGGGCCCAGCAAGCCCUGAGACGUUUCUGGAGGACAGUGGCAUUGGAAAUCUGGAUGCAGCCCAGGAUAGGUCACUGCCUCUCCAUAGCGAUGGAGAGCUGCAGCACUCAGCUUCUCUUGCACAGCAGUGGGCAGGGAAGGGCCAUGAGGCAUUCGAUUCGCUACAGGCCAAGAGACUAAGCAGAGCCCAAGCAUCCAGCUCACCAGCUGCCCUGAAGCCCCCAGGUGUUAGGGAUACCGCUGUGAAUGGACAGAGUGAGCUUGCACCCCUGAAGAACAUUGAGGGAGAAUUGUCAAGUGCUAUGCAUACGACCAAGGAUGCCACCAAGGAGGCUCUGCAUGCCACCAUGGACCUCACCAAGGAAGCUGUGUCUUUGACCAAGGAUGUCUUAGGUCUGGGCAAAGACCGAAUGAGCUCCACCAUGCACAAGAUGCUGUCCCUGCCCCCAGCCAAGGAGACCAUGGCCAAGAUAGAGGAGAAGGUGGCAGCCCCAGUGAGUGGAGGUGGUUCCCGACUCCGAUUUUUUUCCAUGAAGAGGACAGUGUCUCAGCAGUCAUUUGAUGGUGUCUCAUUGGAUAGCAGUGGCCCUGAAGACCGGAUUUCAGUAGACAGCGAUGGUAGUGAUGGGUUCGUGAUGCUCAUGGAGUCUGAGUCUGGUUCAGAAUCUCUUCCACCAGGAUCUCUUCCAAGUGCCCUGGACAGUGCUGGUGUUCAAGGGAGCUCCAUCGUGGAGAGUUGUGGACAGGGGUCACCAGGGGCCAAUAGUUUGGCCCCACCCAGUGGGGAAGACCUCCAUCCUCACCCGGUCUCGGUUCUGGUGCUGAAGGUAAAUGAGGUGUCUUUGGGGAUUGAGGUACGUGGUCAGGACCUGACUGUGGCCCUGCAAGCAGAGGAACUGAGCCUGCAGCACCUGGGCACCGUGGGACUCUGGCCGUUCCUGCAUGGACAGUGCCCGGGUACAAGCUUUCUAGAAUCCUCAACUUCGAAGACUUGCCACAUCAGGCCAGCUGUGGGCCUUCGCUUUGAGGUGGGGCCUGGUGCAGCUGUUCAUUCCCCCCUGGCCACAAAGAAUGGCUUCCUGCAUUUAUUGCUUCAAGGCUGUGACCUUGAGCUGCUCACCUCAGUGCUCAAUGGCCUGGGGCCCUUCUUGGAGGAUGAGGAGAUUCCGGUGGUAGUUCCCAUGCAGAUUGAGCUCCUGAACUCCAGGAUCACCCUGAAGGAUGAUAUCCCCCCCAUCUACCCAACGUCUCCAGGCCCCGUGCCCAUCACUCUAGCCAUGGAGCAUAUUGUGCUGAAGCGGAGUGAUGAUGGUGUGUUCCACGUAGGCGCUGCUGCUCAGGACAGACCAUCAGCUGAAGUACCUAACAGUGAAAAGAGACAGCCCCCAAAAGAACAGGUGAAAGAACUGUCUACCCUACAAAAGGAACUUAUAGAAACUAAACAAGCAUUGGCCAAUGCCAACCAGGAUAAAGACAAACUUUUCCAGGAACUUAGGAAAUAUAACCCCUUCUUUGAGCUCUGACAGCUGUGGCUCAGCCAUCUGUGCCAAGGAGAGGCAGUCACCAGCAACAUCAGCACCCGUGACAGACGGCAGCCUCCAGUGUUGAAUAAGUUGAGCUAAGGAUGCCAGAGGGACCGGGCGUGCUUAACUCCUUUCUGCUAUGGGUUGUCACUGGGAUAGCAGAUAGGGCCAAGCAUGACCAUGUUCCAGGAAAUUGGGGGCAGCUUUGUGCGUGGCUCACGCAUCACGUCUUGCUGUUGGGCCCUCUGCACACUAGGUGGCAUCUUCUCCACACUGUAGGGCCAUUUCACUGCAUGGUUUCAUGACAGACAUUUGCUUCCUCCACAACCUGUGUGAACAAGGGGAAGUGCUCACCUCCUCAGUCACCCACAGAGCCACCAAAGAUUCUCUUCCUAGAGCUUCCUGUAGCAGACCUGAACAGUCCUGCCUGAGCUCCGGCCACAGGGUAGAGUGGAAUAGGAAGCAGCCAGCAAGGCGGGAGUCAGGAGGGGCACGAGAUAAGGGAGACCGGGACCCUGCUUUUUUUGGAAAGGGAACCAAGCUCAUAUCUUCUUGGCUGAUAUUACAAUCAGAUUUUUCAGGGUUCAGCUUCCUUUGUUAGGCUUUGUCAUUGUGAGGCUGUGGUAGAAAGUAAACAACAGCAGCUUUCCCUUCUGUAACACAAUUUAUUUGAAGUUUAAGUCAAAAUAAUAAUCACUCUGGGUUAGGUGGUUGAAGGCAUGAUGUGGUAGGGAUGAGCGGGGAGCUUGGUUCUGAGCCCCAGGUGCCUGCCUAGAAUGCUGCCUCUUCUGCGGCUGCACCUCGGAGGUGCUUUCCUGUCUCCCCAGGGCCCCUGGCACAGCUGUUUCCCCAGCACUAUGACUUUCUACCAGCACUCUCCUUAGCUCUUGGUUUGGGAGCUGAAAGUGUGUUUUAAACUAUAACAUAAACACCUUAGUCUGUUGCACCCCACUCCCCUCUAUCACUGUGGCUUUUAAAAUUAUGUAAUUUUGACUUAAAAAAAAUACCCUUCAUCCUAGCUAGGUUUUGACCCCUGCCCCCCAAAAAGCGCAAUUUCCUCCUUUCUUUCCUAUCUAAUUCUUCCUUAACACUACCUUCAUCUAUACUGUUUUGUGUACUUCAGACUGUGUUGAUUGGACAGAAACUCAUCAGCUAACUCACCUUGAAUCUGCAGGAUGGUAAAUUAGUGAUUUAGUAGUGUCAGUAAAGUCUUAAUCACAUUGACCUAUUGAAGGAAAGGUAAAAUGUUUCCCUGUGGGAAAUCAUGCCCAACUUGUAUGUUAUAGAUUUUUUAGGAUAAAAAGAAACAUGUGUUCAAGAAGGAACAGUAUCUAAUUUGUUCAGACUUUUAAAGAACUUUUGUCAAGUUCUUCAUUAAGGCAGUUUAAAAGCACCAGUUACUGUGAGAUUAUGGGAAUAUUUUGUCAUGCUUAGGAAACAACUUAGAGACUUAAGAAUAAACAUGUUUCUGGAAAGACUGUUAACAGGGGAAGUUUCCUACUGAUUGAUGCUUGGUUGAACCUUAUUUAAUAUUUUCAUAAAUAACCUGAAAGUAGGAUAUUACAAUGCAAUCAUAUGUCACUACUUCUAGGCAUUGAAAGGUAAACCAGAAGAGACUUUAAAAACACACACACACACACACCCAAAACUGCAGAAGGGCCACAAGCCAGGCUGUGAAUACUCAGGAAAGUGACAGGUGAGGUUCAGUGCAGGUGAGUGUGAAGGAAUGCACUUACGGAAAACAGCACAGCAGCCGACGAGGCAGUGCGCUCUGUUAAAACUCAGGACAGAAACGGAGGCAUUGCUGAGGGGAAGGGUCGAUGUGCUACUGAGGCCAAAAGGCCAAUUACAUCAUCAGCAAGGACACAUGGAGGCAACCCAGAAAAGGACCUCACACGGCCAUGCACAUGUGCACCUCAGGUCUUACUUAAAAUAUACAGCUGCAGAGAGCAGCGAAAAUGAUGGGGGGUGGAGGCACUUAGAUGAGGACCCAUCUUGAACGAUGAUAGCGGAGGGUGGUGUUUGAUCACAUAUCCAGCAAGAGGAAGGACAUGUUCACCAGGUCCUGAAAUACUAGCUCUCGGGCUGUACCGCAGAGCCUUAGGCAAAAGGAAGCACUCCUCAUAGCAAAUCAGAAACUUGUGGGGCUCGUUGUCAAGGUGCGGGGCAGGACCUGUGUGGGGCCGCAGGAGGGGUAGGGAGUCCUUGCAUGGUGUAGGCCCCCGAAAGGAAUUGCAGGCCACUGGGGCUAUUUGGUGAAAUACGACUCCACAGACUCCCUUAAUGCUUCUUCAAAGGCAGAAUGGAGAACAAAUGGAUCAGCAGUCCUCUCAAGUAUGGCAUUUCUAAAGUCUUGGAAGGGGAGGAGGGAGAUCCAGUCCCUGGAAAAUGGAAUUAUUCAACCUUAGGCUCACCAGAAUUGGUUUAAAAUCACACUGAUUUUCUUCCCUUUCUCUUUUCCUGGCCCACCAUAUCCCUCUGGCAUCCCUCCAUGCGAAGAACAUGCCUAAUCGGCAUUGCCUGGUAUACCUUUACCUUAAGAACUUGUGCUUGAUGGCAGGCAGUAGAAACAACCUGGGCAAUACCAAGGUUAACCCCGUUAAUAGCCAGCUCAGUUUCUGGCCUUUCUGGGGCUCUGGUCCAUGUGACAAAUGGAGCCCUAUAUCUGACUUCCAUUAUACAGCAGCUUUGGCCAUUGUAUCUUGAAAUCGUCCCUCAGGAAAUACGGUCGGGGUCAUUGUCCCAUGGAAUUUUAGUAAACAUCUUGUGUAACUUCCUGCUUCUCUUCAGUGGAAGGAAGAUUUUUUUUUCAUAAUGAAGAAAUGUGAACUGGUUAUCAUCAGGAUAAAUGUGAAGGAAAAAAGUGGAAGGAAAAAAUAGUACCAGCUCCUUUGGACUGCUUACGAUUUCUGCCUUGGAGCUCGAAGACUCUGAACAAGAAAUAAUACCUCACGAAAUCGUCUGGAGUGAUGACAGCACCACUUCCCAGACGCCAGCCACUGCACAUCUGCAUUUCGGCUGUGAAACAUUUACAACUAUCUCAUCUGUGACUGUCUACAUUUCCUGUUUACAUGGAUGUACUGGAGAUAUGCUUUAGUGCACUUGCACUGGUGUAAAUCUCUCAGCUGAGCUGCAGGGAUGGUUUUCAAUCUCAAAUUGUUUUCAACUACUGGAAUAAUGAACCUAGUUUCUUAAGACAAAAGGUGUGGGUUCCAUUCUUGUGUUGGCUGCUUUUUGCUGUGUAUUUAAUCUGACCUUGAUUUUGCCAUGGGCCUCAACUUUAUGUAUUUUUUCAUGGUUCUAAAAGAAAUGGUUCCUGCGUAUGGAAUAUCCAAGGCGUAAACACCACCCCUCACACAUCCCAUAACUUGACCCACUUACAUGAGCUUCCCCUUAGUUCAGGAGGGUGGUGGGAAGGUUGUUUGAGGUAUUGCUGUGGUGAUACGGGAACUUUCCAUUUUAACCUUUACACUAAGGGCUUGUGUUUUUUUCCUCCUUUAAUACUUGACUAAACAUCUAAAAUCAGCCAAAACACCAUAAAACCAUGGAAAUAACUGAACAUUGCUGCAUAAGCUAACAGGUAGCAUCCUGUUAUUGAGAACUGUGAAAGCUGUGAUUUACCAUGGUCAUUAAGUUUCAAGAGAUUCUGGUGGAUGUACUAUCCUCUCACCAAUGGCUUCCCCCACCUUCUGCUAGGAUAAGAAUAUUCCUGGUCACCUCUGGGGAGGUGUGGGUAGUAGCUAUUGUUGGAUGGGGAUUAUUUUCCCCAUCUCUUAAACAGACACAAGGUGAAGCACUCUUAGUCUUCAACUGGGAGGUUUUGCUAAGUGGCCAGACUUGGCAUGUGAACUUUCUCCCUUGUUAAGUUCCAGCCUUGUCCAGUAUCUUACAUUGAAAUAUAGUUCCUAUAACUUAAAAAUAUUCCUGUUAGAACUGAGAAUGUUUGUUUGUUUCCCCAGUUCCCCUUGGUUCUUUAGUUUUUGGUCAAGAGGUAGCCUUUUACCACCACUUCUUAGCCCCACUGAAGUUGUCUUCUCCAUUGGCUAAGGACAAGUUGAACACCAUGACUCUAGUAAGAUACUAAGUCAGAUUUGCCCAACUUUGUGAGUCUUUCCCCACUCAGGGUGCUCCACCGAAUGGAAAGCUUCAGAGCAGCUUCAAGCCCUCCUCCCUGUGACACUGAGAGGAAAGAAUUCCUGGGGACUGCCAACUAAUACUGUAGCCUUAUUAUUGCUAAUCACUGUCACGGAAAGGUCACACCAUUCCCCUUCAUUUGAGGAAAACAAUGAGAAUUUAUCUGAUGAACUGGAAUAGUGGUCAGUAUUGGGAAACUUUAAUGUUGCAAUAUCUAAUCAAACUUGGAGUGUACUGGUUCUGUGAACCACCUGAAAAAGCAAAUUAAACUUAUUAAACAGAA